UCAGGGUUAGCACGGGAUCUGACAGGGUAUGGCCGUACAGUGGUACUGUCCUACAGAACGGUGUUACGGGUAGGAACAUCUUUCAAGUGAUCGUCGUUUGGAGCAUUUUGAAGCAUGCCUACACUGAAACAGAAGUCAGAGGUUAUCGACUUGGUUUACUUGCUUUGAACACAGACAUUAAUCAAGAAGCAUGAUUCGCCAUCAAUUGGUCGCUCCAUUUCUCACGGUCUUUUGUUUUAUUCCAGUGUCUUUCAUGCAGACAUUUGAAGGGUACUUUGGGAAUAACCGCAAGCAAACAUAUGAAGUCUUCGACGCGGACGCCAACUUGCCGGAGUCCUUUGCCCACUGUCAAGCUGCCAAGAUGGGGAAAGCCAAUACGAGUCCGAGUACAUUCAAGUAUGUCCGUGCUCGACUGCUGGAGUACGGAUGGUCACAGGAUAGGCCUUUAAUAUUUCCACUUUACAACCCGAACGAUGCGACAGACCAGUGGUAUGACGCCAGCAAUUGUCGGAUCCACCAGCGAAAUAACGGUGUGCCAAUAGCGGAGGCAUCCAAUAAUACAUGUGCUAAAAUUGUCAUGGAUCCAUUCAGUUCCUACGUGUGGGAACCGGUCAGCUGCGAAACCAGGCUCCCAUUUAUGUGCAACAAAGGACAUGAUAUAGAAUACACGUCUAAUGAGACAUACGUAGGUAAACAGAUAGACAGAAACACAACAGGCGUGGCUUUUGGUGUAUUUCAAAACAGGACCACGCCCUAUGAAUGCGAGACCCACUGCCAUAAAUCGGUAAGGACAUGCAUCGCUGUAGAGGUCGUUCAGAUCAACGACACCUACUGGGAAUGUACAGCCGCCAUGAUUAACUUUAACGAGUUCUUUCAUCUGAACAUGAGUGUACAGAUCAGCCUUAUACCAGCUCCAGACAACUAUACGGUGUUUGUCAAGGGCCUGAAUCAGAGCGAUGAAGUUAUCAUAAACAAUGGCACGAUGCUAGAAACAUUCAUAAACUUCACAGAGAGCAGUCUUGGCUGUAACUACGAUUAUAACUUUCCAACGACUACACCCACCAGAACCUGCAAUUGCUCGUGUUCCUUCACGGAGUACUCCAAUGCAGAAUUGCAGACCUGGAUAGAGGAGGUGAAGAAUGAGCUUCUCCUCAACAAGCGGGAACUGUCCUCAAACGCUCGUACCAAGAUCUCGGCUAGCGACCCUCGGGCCUCGUCACAGACGAUUGGGUGUUUAGGGGCGCUGGUGAUUGUCGCAGUUGUCGGAAUCAUUGUGAUUCCAGAUAUUCCGAUCAUCUGCAAACAGAUCAAAUACUUAACAAAGAGAUAGUGGUGUACCUCAAACAGAUCAAAUACUUAACAAAGAGAUAGUGGUGUACCUCAAACAGACCAAAUACUUAACAAAGAGAUAGUGGUGUACCUCAAACAGAUCAAUACUUAACAAAGUGAUAGUGGUGUACCUCACUCAUCUUUACCCUUCCCAAAGCUCUCAGUCAUAGUGUCGUGAUGGUGUAGAUAAUUCCUGGCAGUAUGCAUCGAACUUCCUGAAAUUUUAUAAUACCGGCAAAAACAUGUAAAUCUACAGUAGGGUGCACAUGAUAUUCAUUAUUAAUGCUCAGCAAAUAAAAGAAAGGUAAAGCCAACUUCCCUGUUGAUUCCAUUGGUUCUUUGUUUAUCACUUAUGGCCAGUAGCAAAGCAAAGUAAAUAAAUUCAACAUGAGUUUGUCGGUGAGCUAAACAAAUUCACAACAUGAUAAUACCCACUUCUAAAGAGACAAGAAACAUUUGUAUUCAUUAGUAUUUCACCUUUCAUUCGUACCACGUUAUGUGAAGAAGUUGAGAGGAGUAUUCGAAUGACCUUAUAUAGGCUGUACCGGUAGACACAGAAUACUCUACAACCACAAAGAACAGAUUUCCAGUUAUGUGAGGGAGGACAAUGUAUCGGAAUUGUGUCGUUCUCUGAACUAAAAUAGUUAGAUUGAUUUGCCAAAAAACCCAUCUGACCCUGUGAUAGCUUUAGCUCUUUAAAUCUUCUUUAACCUUGAAAGAUAAGUGUAUAUGAACACGUUUCUCGGUUGCAUUAUAUAGCAAACCUCCAGGGCCAGCAAAAACAGUUUGUUGAAACCAAGCUUCGUUAUAUCCCAUAAGAUUUAUCGUUGUUUCUUUCAUGGGGAAUAAACAUCACUUUGCAAA